AUGACAAACCUGAAGAUGCAGAACAUACUGAGGUUGGGCAAAAUAGGAAAGUUGACAGUUAAGAACACAAGACUGUUAGCUGAGAAUGAAAAGGCCAGAGAUGUGUUAGAGAAAGAGAAAGAAAACACAGCAGCAGUCAGACAAACAUUGCUGCACAAGAUAGCAGAGGAGGAAUUUGUGUACCUGGCCAAGGUGGAGACGGGGACAGUGGUCAACAGACUGUCAGAUGAGAAUGAAAAGGUGGACAGGGUCAGAGAGAGGAACAGAUGGAAGUAUAUCAGAAAGGGUUUGGAGACAGCAUUGGCCAAAGCAGAACAGGACAAGAAUCAGACCCUAGAAGCCUGGAAGAAGGAAAGGGGGGCAUGGGCCAGGGUCACCGCUUGUCUGCAAAGUCUCUGGGAUCAACGAGGAGAAAGAUGGAUGAAGGAGAAGGAGGAGGUGAAAGAGAAGAGCACACAGGCAGCAGCUAAUUGGAUGACUGAGCUGAGAGAGAAGGAGAGACUGAUAGAGGCUCUGGAAAGAGAAAAGAUUAUGCUUCUGAGCCAGCAUGAAGAUGAGAAGAGGGGAUGGGAGAUGGAAAAGAGUGAAAUGGAAAAGGAGAGGUUGGUGCUUACAGGAGAGUGGGAUAGAAAGAACAGUGAAAUGGAGAAAAUGAAAAAGGAGAAAGACAGAUGGGUGAUAGAAAAGAAAGAUAUGUUGGAGAGGAUGAAGGAUGCCCACAUUCAGAUGUAUCACAUGCAGACUGUCCUGAGGUUCAGAGAGCAAGAGCAGACACAGAAGGAAACUAAGAAAGCCCAGGAAGCAAAGGAGAAGUGGACUCACUUCAAGAGGCAGGUCAACCAGUUUGUCAGCCACCCUGAGUCACAGGCCCUGACAGACCAGGGCAGAGUGGCACAGGCCCUGACAGACCGGGGCAGAGUGGCACAGGCCCUGACAGACCGGGGCAGAGUGGCACAGGCCCUGACAGACCAGGGCAGAGUGGCACAGGCCCUGACAGACCAGGGCAGAGUGGCACAGGCCCUGACAGACCGGGGCAGAGUGGCACAGGCCCUGACAGACCGGGGCAGAGUGGCACAGGCCCUGUUGUGGCUGGAUUGGAGGGCCUGGAUUUGGGCCCUCCAGUAA